AUGAAGAUGUUGGCUCACUAUUUUGUCGCUAUUUUUUUAUUAUCGACUAUUAAUUCAAAUGUUUACGCUUUGAAAGCGUAUUCACGGUAUCAAUUAUGGCGUUUAUAUGUUACAAAUAAUGAACAAGGUGCUAAAUUACUUGAUUUUAGUCAUACAGCAUAUCAAAAGAAUAUUGACUUUUGGUCUAACAACUAUGGCACGAAUAUGCCGAUUGAUGUUAGUAUAGCACCUGAAUCUAUCAAUAGUUUUGCUGAAUUUUUAUCAUCAGAUGAUAUGAAAAUAAAAUACGACGUUAUUAUGAAAGAUAUUGAUGCUGUUAUUGAAAGACAAAACUUAAUUCAUAAAUUAAAACCGUCAUCUGUAUUUGUUGAUGAUUUUGCAUAUGAUAAAUAUCAUCCAAUUGAAGAAAUUCAUGCAUGGAUUGAUAAAAUGGUUAAAACAUAUCCUAAAUUAGCUACACCGUUUAAAGUUGGAAAAUCGUAUGAAAAACGUGAGAUGAAAGGUUUAAAAAUAUCGUCUAAUAAAAGAGCAGUUAAGGUUGAUGGUACUCCAGUAAAUAAAAAAAAGGCUGUUUGGUGGGAUGGAGGUAUUCAUGCUCGAGAAUGGAUUAGUUCAGCAACGAUUAUUUAUAUGGUUCAUGCUCUUUUAUCAAAUUACGAUAAAGAUCCAGUAAUUACGUAUUUCGUAGAUCAAUUCGAUUAUUAUAUUUUACCUGUCUUUAAUCCGGACGGUUAUGCAUAUACAUGGACGAAUAAUCGAUUAUAUCGUAAAAAUCGAAGUAACACAUCAGAGUCUGGUUGUAUUGGUGUUGAUCUAAAUCGUAAUUGGGAUUAUCACUGGUGUGAAGGUGGUGCUACACAUGAUCCAUGUUCUGGUACUUUUUGUGGUAGUAAACCAUUUUCAGAAAUUGAAACUGCACAAGUAUCAAGAUUUAUCAGUACACAUAAUGGUAUAUUUGUACAUUAUAUUAACUUUCAUGCCUAUUCACAAUUAUGGAUGUCACCAUGGGCUUAUACGUUAACAAAACCAGAACAAUUUAAAUUACAAGAUGAUGGAUCAGCUAAAGCUGUUCAAGCACUUCGUGCAGUUUUUGGUACUGAAUAUGAGCAUGGUAACAUAGGUUCAACUAUUUAUAUUGCAUCGGGUAAUGCAGUCGAUUGGACAUUUGGCAAAGCUAAUAUAACAUUUAGCUAUGCUGUCGAACUUCGAGAUACUGGUGAAUAUGGAUUUUUGUUACCGGAAGAUCAAAUUGUUCCAACUGGAAAAGAAACAUUAGCUGGUGAAUUAGCUUUAUUGAGAUAUAUUGCCGGAAUAUGUUAUGCUUAA